ACCACAUUAAAAAUGUCACUUAAUCUAUACUCAUAAUAUAAAAGAGAGUCGUGUUAGUUACUCUAUUUAUAACUCAAGAACGUCGAAUUGAAUUUGGCUGAAAGGAGACGGACAUAGGAUACUUUUUAUUUAAUGGUUACCCGAAAAUCUACGGGAACUGGCAAAACGAGAUUGUGCGUACGAAGUCGCGGUCAGAAAGUAGUUUUGGUAUAAAAGAAAAUGAUGAAUUAAUGCAAGAAGAUUUAUAACUGUCCUAGUACUACUUACUAAUACAAUAACUAUCUAAAUACUUACUUGGGACUACUUACUAAUACAAUAACUAUCUAAAUACUUGAGGCAUUUCAAAAGAAAUUCCAUCAAAAUGUCUCAGAAAAUUUGGAACGUGGUAAUAUUGUUUUCAGCAAUUUUACAAUUGACGCAAGCUUGGACUUUCAAAGGCUACAAAGGGUCGCUCAACAAUUCAUUGGAAGUUAGCAGCACUAAUGGCACACAGCUCAUUGAUGAAGGAUAUAUUGAUGUAGACCGCAUAACAGUGUUCUAUGCCUUUGGAUUUUUGGGUAGCGAAAACAUUCAAGACACAGACAGAUUUAUUGAAGCUACGUUAAACUACACUGAUUGGUCUAUAGUACUCGUUAACUGGAAGGAUGAGGCCACCCCCGGCGGUUUACCAGAUUAUUUCACAGCAUCUCGAAACAGUCAAACCGUUGGUACGGAGCUAGGUCAAGCUAUAUCUACCAUGGUGGCUAGCGGCCUCAAUCCCAACAACACAAUAUUAGUAGGCUUCUCUUUGGGCGCACAGCUGUGUGGCCGAGCUGGGUUUACUAUUAAAAAUAUCAUUGGACAACCUUUACCCUUGAUCGUGGGUCUAGACGCAGCGAAGCCCCUAUUCGAACCUAUUGAAAUCUUUAGAUGUAUAAAAUCAACGGACGCCUCUCGUGUGGUCCUAGUACACGCAGAUAUGGGACGCUUCGGUGUAUCAGGCAGCCACGGAACACAGGACUUCUACGCCAAUGAAAUAUAUUAUGAGUCACACGGCUACCAACCAGGGUGUAGCUUGGUUAACACCUUGUUAAACCCAAUCUUUAUGUUUGAAAAUUUUGAUUUUUUCCGUGUAGUAUUUUGCAGUCACCUCCGUGCAGUGCAGUUCUGGGUAGAAAACAUUACAAAUAAUUGUACAAUUAUAGGCAACCGGGCUAGUAGCGGAGCUGCCUGGUUGCUCUCAGGAGGAACACCCAAUAACCUCACUUGUCUCGGCUAUAAUGCAAGCCAGAGCGCCGAAGGAAAUUACUAUUUCCGCACCAACGCAGAGCCCCUCUAUGGUCUGGGCAUAAAUGGAACAACACCUUUUUAAUUUGUGGAAUAAAAGGAGAAUCAACAUGUUUCCUAAAUCAAAAAUAAAUUAUUUCAACUA